AUGAUUCUCACAUUAAAGGCUAUGGGGCUUCAAAGAUGUGUUUUCCUAGGGCCACCAAAGCUGCAAAACUACUUGAAAGCGAUUCGUCUCUUCCCUGGGCCCUUAAAAAGGAUGGAUUUAGCUGUGCAGUUGCACACAGAGCCUGAGUAUAAGGAUGAGACGAUGACAGUCCACCAGAUACCUCUUGCAGGAAAACCACAAGCUGCUGAAAGAACGUUGCCUCAGAGUCCUGGAGCAUCAACCCAAGGUGGAAAUAGCCCUAAAGGGGAUGCAGGGCCUGGAUCCCCAGGAGCUGCACAGCAAAACUUGGAGAAGGGCAAGGAAAAAGAAAGCCCGAAGAAAACAGGUGCUGAACAGAAGUGUGCAAGCAGGCACCCCGACCUGGUCAUGGCCUUCCUUUGUAAAAUUCACCCCAAGAAGGGAAAAUUCCUGGCAGAUAAAGCGCAGGAGAUGGGUCUGCCAGUGGGAACUCCAGCCAUUCUUCCCAUAAUCACAGCUCUCAAGAAUGGGGAGAGCAUCACAUUUGAAGGCAGAGAGCUCUUUCCUGAAGAACUGUGCACCCCUGUUGACCCUGGCCCAGUGUUCAUCGUGCUGGAGUGUCCCCAUGAGGGCUUUGUGGAUGCUGUCUGUGACAAUGAGACCUUCCGAAGGUACCAGGAGGGACACCCUGAGCAUCAGGUGGCCUUGGUUAUUCACAUGACCCCCGAGGCUGUGCUUCGAGACAGUCGCUACCAGCAGUGGCUGCAGAGAUUUGGAGCUGGAACUCAGCACUUGGUGCUCAACGAGAACUCCUCUGCCGUGCACAACCCGCGCAGCUACAAGAUCCAAACUCAGCUCAACCUCAUCCACCCUGAGAUCUUCCCUCUGCUCAGCACCUACCAGAGCAAGGAAGAAGAGGCCGUGUGUAGCGUGCCCCUUGUGCGAGGAGAGUGCCUCUUGAAAUACCACUUCAGACCACAACAGGAGUGGCAGAGAGAUGCUGUGACUGUCUGCGAUCACAACGCGUUUGUUAGUGAAGCUUUGGAGCUCCCUGACUUCCAGACUCAAGUGAAGGAGUGCAAAGAGAGCCUGGCUGCUGUUCCUGGAAAUGUGGGUGCUUAUCCUGAAAUUGUGUUCUUGGGAACAGGAUCUGCAAUUCCAAUGAAGAUCCGAAAUGUCAGUUCCACGCUGGUAAAUACCAGCUCUACCCACUCUCUUCUCUUGGACUGUGGAGAAGGAACCUUUGGACAGCUCUGUCGCCACUAUGGAGAGCAAGUUGACCAAGUGCUGUGUAACAUAGCAGCUGUGUUUGUGUCUCACAUGCACACUGACCACCAUUCGGGGCUGUUGCACAUCCUGAUGGAGAGGAGGAAGGCUUUUGCAGCCCUUGGUCAGGCUUUCAGCCCCCUGUUUUUGGUAGCACCUGAACAGAUCAUGCCAUGGCUACACGAGUACCACAACCACUGUGAAGAGAUUCUUGGAGACAUCAAGAUGAUCCCAUCCCAGUCUCUUGUGAAAGGCUGUGAGAACAUCAAACCUCAUCAGAAAUGGUUUGUCAGCUCUCUUUUAGGGAACUACGACUUGGCUGAGUUUCAGACUUGUGAAGUCCAGCACUGUAAAAAUGCUUUUGCAUGUGCAAUGAUCCACAAAUCUGGCUGGAAAGUAGUUUAUUCUGGGGACACAAUGCCCUGCAUGGCCUUAGUAAAAAUGGGUAAGAACGCUACCCUGCUGAUCCAUGAAGCAACACUGGAAGAUGGCAUGGAGAAAGAAGCUAUAGAGAAGACACACAGCACAACCUCGCAGGCGAUUCAGACUGGGAUGAAGAUGGAUGCAGAGUUCAUCAUGCUCAACCACUUCAGCCAGAGGUAUGCCAAGAUCCCGCUCUUCAGUGAAGACUUCAGUGAGAAGGUUGGAAUUGCAUUCGAUCACAUGAGGGUACGCCUCGGUGACUUCAAGACCAUCCCGAAGCUGAUCCCACCUCUGAAGGCUUUGUUUGCAGAUGACAUAGUAGAAAUGGAGGAGAGAAAGGAGAAACGGGAGCUGCGGCUCCUGAAGGAGACUGCUCUAAUCCUGGAGAAGCUGAGUGCUGGGCAGAACAAGGAAGCACUGUGCCAGAAACGGAAACAAGUCAAGAACCAUCAGGAACUUCCAAACAAGAAGCUGAAAGGUGUAAACUGA